AUGGCGGUUCUCACGCCAUCAGCCAGCUCUUCUGGUCAAUCUGGUGACUCUUCCACUAGCCAACACAAAAGGAGUAGCAGCAGUCUCUUUUCCGAUGGCUCCUCCGACGUUGGUGGAGCGCGGCCCCCCGCCCCCGUACGCCGGUCACUUGUGCCUGGAAUUCGUCGCCAUCCGACCAGGAAAAUCAAGCUCGGAGAAGGAAAUGUGUUAAGCGCAGACUACCCGGUACCAAGCGCGAUUCAGAAUGCCGUGCAGAAACAGUAUCGGGAAUCGGCAGAAAAUGCUGAGGAGUUCACCCACUUACGAUAUACGGCUGCAACAUGCGAUCCGGACGAAUUUGUUAUGCGAAAUGGCUACAAUUUACGCCCUACGAUGUAUAACCGCCAUACCGAACUACUCAUCGCAAUAACCUACCGGAGCGAGAAUAAGGUGCUGACAGCAAGGACCCUGCACGGCGUCACCCAAAACAUCCGCGAUAUCGUCAAUCUCAAAAAAUCAGAGUUCUGGAAUCAGGGUGGGCCGGCUUGGCAGAAGAUCGUCGUCUGUCUAGUUUUCGAUGGAAUUGACCCUUGCGAUAAAAACACCCUUGAUGUCCUGGCGACAAUCGGGGUUUACCAAGACGGAAUUAUGAAGCGGUCUGUUGAUGCGCGAGAGACUACUGCUCACAUUUUCGAAUAUACCACCCAGCUUUCUGUGACAUCAAAACAAGCUCUCGUUCGGCCGAACGGUGAUGAGUUGACGAAUCCUCCACCAGUCCAGAUGAUAUUCUGUUUGAAGCAGCAAACCAGUAACAAAAUCAACUCACAUCGAUGGAUAUUCAACGCAUUUUCCCGUAUGCUGAAUCCCGAGGUCGUCGUUUUGUUGGAUGCCGGGACAAAGCCCUGCAAGGAAUCGUUUUUGAUGCUGUGGCAAUCAUUCUAUAACGACGAAAAUCUCGGCGGAGCUUGCGGCGAAGUCCACCCCAUCAUGAAAAAGACGAGCUUUAUGAACCCAUUCGUUGCUGCUCAAAACUUUGAGAUGAAGAAAUCAAAUAUUCUCGAAAAGCCACUGGAAAGCAUCCUUGGCCAGGUUUCACUUGGAGAGUUCUCUGCAUAUCGGUAUCGAGCCAUCAUGGGUCGACCAUUGGAACAAUAUUUCCACGGUGAUUUGACGCUUUCAAAGAAGCUAGGCAGAAAGGGCUUCGACGAAAUGAGUAUUUUUAAGAAGAAUAUGUUCUUCGCUGGUGAUCGGAUCUUGUCAUUUGAGUUGGUCGCCAAGGCUGGGUUCAACUGGCGUUUGGCCUUCGUCAAAGGAGCGAGAGGCGAGGCCGAAGUGCCAAGGGAUUUUGCAGGUUUCAUCAAUUCCAGACGUCAGUGGCUCAAUGGCUCAUUCGCUGCGAAUCUGUAUGCGUUCAUCCAUUUCGGUCGAAUUUACCAGAGUGGACAGAGUAUUCUUCAGAUGGCUCUUCUUCAUGUUCAAAUGGUGUAUAAAUUUGUACAAAUUGUGCUCUCUUGGUUCUCAUUGGCUUCUUUCUGGUUAAUAACCUCGGUUAUCAUGGGUGUCGUGAGCACGCCAAUGAGGUCGAAUAACAAUAGAGCGUGGCCUUUCGGUAACGAGGCUUCUCUGAUUGUAAACGACUUUCUCAAAUACGGCUAUGUGUUAUUAUUGGGCAUCCAAUUUAUUUUGUCUCUUGGAAAUCGUCCCAAAGGGUCUGGUCUAGCGUACACGGUCUCAUUUCUCUACUUCCCUGUCAUCCAGAUAUACACCGCAGUUUUGGCAUUCUAUCUUGUCAGCCAAGCCACUACAAAGGUAUCAUUCGACAUUGUUAUCGAUGAGGAUGACAUGCUAUCCGCUGCUUCUCACAAUUUGGGAUCAACAAUGAUUUUAAUCACAUUGGUUGCUACUUACGGUGUACAUUUUGUGGCAAGCUUACUAUAUCUAGACCCCUGGCAUGUGGUAACCUCUUUCUGGGCUUACUUCGCGGGAACGACCUGUGGGUCCAAUAUUUUGAUGGUAUACGCGUUUUGCAACUGGCAUGAUGUUUCAAUUGGCACAAAACCUAUCGAUAAGAGCAAGAACCUUCCGGAGGCGCAGACCAAGAGGGAUGAAAAGUCGAGGUUCAUCGAGGAAAUGGAGCGACCGCAGGUUGAUAUUGACAGCCUAUUCCAUGCCACUGUCAAACGAGCCUUAGCAACAUUCGAAGAGCCACCUGAAUCAGAGGACAAAGAUGCCGAUGAUAUUUACAAAGCUUUCCGCACAUAUCUCGUGGCUUUGUGGGUUUUCAGUAACUUGAUCAUGGUUCUUUGCAUUAUGAGCACAGGAAUUUCCCAAUUCUGCCUUUUGACAUUGCCGGAUAAAAGGAUGUGGAAUUAUCUCUUGGCUGUUGUAUGGGGUACUAUUGGGCUCUCACUCUUCCGUUUCGCCGGGUCGCUUUUCUUCUUAGCCAAGACGACUGUUUGGAGAUGCGUCGAGCGAAGAUAG